AUGGAAAAAACAACUGCAGGACCAGGAUGGUUUGACAUGGUAUCAGCAGAACUAACAGACGAAGUCAAACGAGAUCUCCAUAUUUUGCGAUCGCGAGCUGCUCUUGACCCCAAGCGACACUACAAAAGGGAUAAUUCCAAAGAGUUUCCCAAAGUCUUUCAGUUUGGCACUAUUAUUGAAGGUCCAACAGAAUUCUAUUCAAGCCGUCUGACCAACAAGGAGCGUAAGCAAACAAUUGUUGACGAACUGUUAUCAGAUGCCAAAACCAAAGCGUACAUGAAGCGCAGAACCGCCGAAGUCCACGAAAAGAAAAACAACUUUACUAGGUCAAAGGGCAGCAGCCAUAAAAAGCAACGCAAGAAUUAG